AUGGCGGUCCCUUCAAUUGCUUGCAUCGGGGUCAUCGGAAAGAAUGAUGACCCCGUGCAUAUCUCGCUCUUCCCACCUUACCAGGACGCGCGCGUGGAGUUCUCGUUCCUGCUCAAUUCUUGCCUAGAUAUAAUUCAGAUUAGGCGGAAACAUACCUCAGUGGAUCAAGAUCUUGGUCUUCUGCAUGCUAUCGAUGAAAGACUCGCAGCUUAUGGAUGGUUGACCACCACCGGUCUAAAGUUCCUGAUCGUAGUCGACACAGUAGGCAGAGUGCCGUCAUCGGACCAAGAGAAGCGCAAGGGCAGCGCCACGACUGGUCUUCGAGACUCAGAUCUGAAGCCGGCAUUCCGAGCUCUCCAGACAGCAUUCAUCCAGCUGAUGCAGAACCCGUUCUAUGCUCCCAGUGACGAUCCCCCCAUCGUCAAAGCUACACUUCCGCAGAGUGGUUCCGGACACACCGUAACACGGAAAUUCACUGAUGAAGUCAAGCGCAUUGGUGAUACCUGGGCCCCCGGCAUGUCUACGGUCUGA